GAGAGGGAACAGAUAAUGACUACCAACCUGUGGCUGUUUCAGGAGUGGAAUGACUACAGGCUGAGGUGGGACCCGGACAAAUAUGAAGGCAUCAAGAAACUACGUAUCCCAUCCAAACUCAUCUGGCUGCCUGAUAUUGUGCUCUACAACAAUGCUGACGGUGUGUACGAGGUGUCCUUUUACUGCAAUGCUGUGGUCUCCAACACGGGAGACAUUUUUUGGCUCCCCCCAGCCAUCUACAAGUCGGCCUGCGCCAUAGAGGUCAAGAACUUCCCCUUCGAUCAGCAGAACUGUACACUCAAGUUCCGCUCCUGGACGUACGACCAUACCGAGGUUGACCUUAUCCUCACCAGUGACUUUGCCAGUCGGGACGACUUCACGCCCAGCGGAGAGUGGGACAUUGUCUCACUUCCGGCGCGCAAAAAUGAGGACCCCAAUGACAUCACCUACUUGGAUAUUACCUAUGACUUUGUGAUCAAGAGGAAGCCGCUGUUUUAUACCAUCAAUUUGAUCAUCCCCUGCGUGUUGAUCACGUCGCUGGCUAUCCUGGUGUUUUACCUGCCAUCGGAUUGCGGCGAGAAGAUGACUCUGUGUAUCUCGGUGCUGCUGGCACUUACUGUGUUCCUCCUGCUGAUAUCAAAGAUAGUGCCACCUACCUCACUGGCAGUGCCACUUAUAGGUAAAUACUUAAUGUUCACCAUGGUGCUGGUCACCUUCUCCAUUGUGACCAGUGUGUGCGUCCUCAAUGUUCACCACCGUUCACCAUCCACCCAUCACAUGCCGGACUGGGUCAAACGCCUUUUCUUGGUCCGCCUUCCUGCAUUCCUUCUCAUGAGACGUCCUGGCUCCUCCAAUGUCCGUGAAAAGCUUCGCCGGAAAUAUGCCAACCGCAGUGCUGCCAGGAAUAAUGUCAAUGAUUCCAAAGAGAAGAAACGCUAUUCUGACAUCAAACUGGGUGGCAUCCGAACUGACAACAACUUCUACCUGAAUGAUGAUUCAGCCCGGAGGUUUGGCUGGAAGGUAGGUGAUAUUCCAGAUGGGAUUGGUGGGCUCCCGGACUUUCGGAGGCGUGUGGCAGUUAAGUGGGAUGCGGAUCUUGAGGAGGCAGUGGAUGGAGUGAGAUACAUUGCCGAGCACAUGAAGACAGAAGAUGAUUUUGAAGGGGUGAGAGAAAUUAAUAUUUGAUUUAACAGCUGUGAUAAUGUAUAGAAAGAGAAAAAAGACAGGAGGGAAGGGAAUUACAAAUGGAUGGAAGGAAAAAUAAAUUAAUUUGUGCAAGAGUAAAAGUAGGAAUCUUGACAUUAAUUAAGGUGA